AUGGCCAAAACAGACUCGAGACCAGAGAUUCCUUCUAAGGGCCAUACGCCCCUGUCUGCAUCAUCAUCAUCGUCGUCGAUAUCUGUUGAUAAGGCGCAUGAGAACGGCAUCGAUAAAGACGAAAUGAUCUCCAAUCAAGAAAUAGAGGCAAAAGCAGGAGCUGAAGUCAGUACUGUGACUGAGGACCUUAGCACAUACCCCCACGGCCUCAAACUCGUCACUCUUAUCAUCGCCUUGUGCCUGGCCGUCUUCCUCGUUGCUCUCGAUCAAACCAUUAUCGCGACCGCUAUCCCAAAGAUCACCGAUCGCUUCAACAGUAUUAGCGACAUCGGGUGGUAUGGCAGUGCUUAUUUCCUCACGAGUACCGCGUUGCAGCCCAGCUUCGGUCGAAUUUAUAAGUUCUUUCAGAUUAAAUGGGUCUUCCUGGGCGCUAUUGUCGUUUUUGAGCUGGGAUCAUUGAUCUGUGCUGUUGCACCUUCGAGCACUGCCCUUAUUGUUGGGAGAGCUAUUGCAGGAAUUGGGGUUGGAGGAAUUUUCUCGGGUGCUUUGGUUAUCAUUGCUCAUUCUCUCCCAUUGAUUCGUCGCCCUAUGGUGUUUGGAUUAUUUGGCGCCAUGUGGGGUCUGGCUUCCGUCGCAGGUCCACUCCUGGGAGGCGUUUUUACCGACCAUCUGUCCUGGAGAUGGUGCUUUUAUAUCAAUCUUCCCAUUGGUGGCUUUUCCAUGGUCGUCGUCCUCGUCGUCCUGCACAUUCCGCAGGACCCAAAACUCUCAGAGAAACCAAUUCUCAAACGCAUUCUCGAACUCGACCUUGUUGGAGCCGCAAUUCUCAUUCCAGGAAUCAUAUGUCUGCUACUGGCAGUCCAAUGGGGUGGCUCGACCUACCCGUGGAAUAGCUCUCGCAUCAUCGGCCUCUUUGUCGGUGCGGGUCUGCUUCUCAUCCUCUUUGGCAUCUCACAGUGGCGCCUAGGCGAAGACGCGACGAUCCCGCCCCGCCUUCUGCGACGGCGCACUUUGAUGGCAGCCUGUGCCUUCGUUUUCUUCUUCGGAGCAGGUAUCUUUAUUUUGAUGUAUUACUUGCCUUUAUAUCUUCAGAGCGUCAAGGGCUCGUCGCCCACAAAAUCCGGCAUCCAGAUCUUGCCACUCAUGCUGUCUACGGUCCUGACUUCAAUCAUAGGAGGCAUAUUAGUCACCCUCAUUGGAUAUUACACGCCCCUACUGAUCUUCGCGAGUGCACUUAUGACGAUUGGGUAUGGCCUGAUCAGCACCUGGACUGUGGACUCGCCCUUCCGCGAAUGGUUUGGCUACCAGAUCUGCGCUGGUCUUGGAGCAGGUUUCGGCUUCAACCUACCCCUGGUGGCGGUGCAGACUACCUUGCCCAUGGCAGAUAUUCCUCAAGGGACAGUGCUGCUCAUGUUCUGUCAGUCACUGGGUGGCGCACUCUUCAUCGCUGUCGGCCAGUCGGUCUUCUCCAAUGGUCUAGUCACCGGCGUGGCCAAGUACGCUCCAGACCUGGACCCUCAGCUGCUCCUUAACACUGGCGCGACUGCUAUCCGCAACACUUUGGGAAGAAUGGGGCUCGAGGACCGUAUUCACCAGGCUAUCGAGGCGUAUGUCUAUGCUUUGAAGGACUGCUAUCGUGUGACCAUUGCCGUGUCAGGUGUAGCGUUCCUUGCGACGUGUUUCUUCGAGUGGAAGAGCGUCAAGAAGGCUCAACAGCAGGGUGUUGAGGCUAUGCCUGCCAUGGGAUAG